GCGUAGACUGGUUGAUAGCUAUCUUAAGCUCCAAAUUUGAAAAUGUUUUAAUGUAGAUUCCAUAUCUGGUAUAUCGGUUAUGUAACAAACUGCAUCCAUGUCAGAAGAGACGAACACAGGGCGUGUGACUGUAGACCAUGUGGACAGUGAGGGGGACGUGGCUAAGCGUGGUACAAAAUGUACAGAUCAGUGUUUGGCACCACUUGAAUGGAGCCAGCUGCCGUACGAGAUACUACUGAAAGUCUUCCGUUACCUUAGCAACAGCGACAAGUACCACGCCGCCCUCACCUGCAACUCUUGGCUCCGCCCACUCUCAGAGCCGUCCCUAUGGCAUUCCGGAAAUUUUGUUUUCAACGCCAAGAGUGACGAAAAAGCCAUCAAAUUUGCGAAAAUCAAUGGGAAAUCGUUACGUCACAUUCAAACAGAGUGCUCGGAGAAUGCAGAUGAAACAGCCGGUACAGCGAAUUUGUACAGUUUUCUAAGUAACUUAAUAAACUCACGCAACCAUCAGCUCCUCACCUUUAAGCUUACUAAUUUAGCACUUGCACAGAAAACUGUGGAUGGAGAGUUUAUGAGGGAUGUAUCUGACGUCACUAAACUCCUGAAAAAACUAUUAAAGGGCCAACUGCAACUUCGUGAGUUGGAUCUCAGAAACAGCCAACUCUCCGUUAAAGCAGGGCUGAAAGUAUUGAAGGCUGCAAGUAAAAACUGCGCAAAGACUAUUCAAAAGCUGACCAUCGACAGGCUUCUCGUGUACCAGGUGAACAAUCAUUACGUGGGAGAUGAUUUUGUCGCCGCCAUCGCUUGUUUUAGUAACUUGGCAGACCUGGAGCUGAGCUAUGACUACCUGUGUGAUGACCUGCUGCUCCGCCUGGCACAGACAACAAGAAGCCUGAAGGUGCUGACAGUCCGAGCCAUAAAUCACCCACCACUAGAAAGUAAAACGUAUUAUGGAGCGUGGAAUAAGCUUUCAAAGGCUUGUCCAGAGCUGAGAGUAAUAUUUUUCAUCAAGUCGAUAAAUGAGUCGCACUUCGAUGAAUCAACAAUUGAAAUACUGACGCCCUUCAUGCCGUUGUACCAACUCCACUGGGACGCGGGCAGAUUAAUUGCCAUAGAAAACAUUGACGCGUUCUUUGAGCAUGUUCGUCUUCACUUCCAGAACACCAUACACCAUCUGGAACUUCAAACUGGUGUCCGUCUAGAUACGGAAAGCUUUGAAAAGUUGUUUAAAAGUUUACAGCCGUGCAAACAUCUGGAAACCUUGUCGCUAGGUUUGACCUUCGACAUGAGCGGUGACGUGGAGAUGUACAAUCUGACCAUCAGAGAUGUCACGGCUCUGUACCCAGUGUCAUGUGACGUCACACUGAACGGUCAAAUAGUGAAUUAA